AUGACGUUUCGGACAGUGGUGUUGCUCUGUUUCUUGUUUAUCGUGGGAGCCUUGUCUCAAGGCGAUGUCGGUUCGAUCAUCAGUAAAACCCAGUUCGAUCAGAUGUUGAAGCAUCGAGAUGAUGUGGCUUGCCCUGGGAAAGGCUUCUACACUUAUGAUGCUUUCGUAGCUGCAGCCAAGUCAUUUGGAGCCUUUGGAACAACUGGUGCCACAGACAUUCGCAAGAGAGAAAUUGCCGCUUUUUUGGCACAAACAUCCCAUGAAACCACAGGUGGGUGGGCUACUGCCCCGGAUGGUCCAUAUGCAUGGGGAUACUGCUACAAAGAAGAACAAGGCAACCCACCAGACUAUUGUGUUGCAAAUCAACAAUGGCCAUGCGUUCCUGGUAAGAACAACUACAACUAUGGUCCAGCAGGAAGAGCCAUCGGAUUGAAUCUGCUAAACAGCCCCGAAACCGUUGCAAACGAUCCAGUAGUUUCUUUCAAGACAGCGUUCUGGUUUUGGAUGACACCCCAAUCGCCAAAACCUUCAUGCCACGACGUCAUCACCGGAACAUGGAGGCCAUCGGCAGCAGAUACAGCAGCCGGUCGUGUCCCUGGCUAUGGUGUGAUCACCAAUAUCAUCAACGGUGGAAUUGAAUGUGGUAAAGGUUCUAACCCACAGGUGGAGGAUCGGAUCGGUUUCUACAAAAGAUACUGUGACAUACUNGGAACAUGGAGGCCAUCGGCAGCAGAUACAGCAGCCGGUCGUGUCCCUGGCUAUGGUGUGAUCACCAAUAUCAUCAACGGUGGAAUUGAAUGUGGUAAAGGUUCUAACCCACAGGUGGAGGAUCGGAUCGGUUUCUACAAGAGAUACUGUGACAUACUGGGAGUCGGCUAUGGCAACAAUCUGGAUUGCUACAACCAGAGGCCUUUUGCUUAG